UGCUGAUGGAGGCCAGGAGGCGGGAGCCGGCCGGGGUGUUGCGUCCCCCGUCCCUUUAAGUGCCGGGCGGGACGCUCGGGGAGAGCCGCCGGAGAACCGCGGCCUUCCGGCCCUGGACCCGCGCGCGCAGCGGGGCUGGCGCCGUCCCUGCCGCGACGGGGAGUGGGACUAAGCAGCGUAGAAGGUUGCAGCCAUGGCUCUGGGGCUCUUCCGGGUGUGUCUGGUGGUGGUGACAGCCAUCAUCAACCACCCGCUGCUGUUCCCGCGGGAGAACGCCACGGUCCCCGAAAACGAGGAGGAGAUCAUCCGGAAGAUGCAGGCGCAUCAGGAGAAGCUGCAGCUCGAGCAGCUGCGGCUGGAGGAGGAGGUGGCCCGGCUGGCCGCCGAGAAGGAGGCGCUGGAGCGGGUGGCCGAGGAAGGCCAGCAGCAGAACGAGAGCCGCACGGCCUGGGACCUGUGGAGCACCCUGUGCAUGAUCCUCUUCCUGGUGAUCGAGGUGUGGCGGCAAGACCACCAGGACACGCCUUCACCCGAGUGCCCAGGCGGGGACGAGGAGGAGCUGCCUGGCCUGGAGGGUGCCCCGCUCCGGGGCCUCAGCCUGCCCAACAAGGGCACGCUCAACCACUUCUAUGAGCGCUGCAUCCGGGGGGCCACGGCCGAUGCGGCCCGCACCCGGGAGUUCGUGGAAGGCUUCGUGGAUGACCUGCUGGAGGCCCUGAGGAGCCUCUGCAACCGCGACACGGACAUGGAGGUGGAGGACUUCAUUGGCGUGGACAGCAUGUAUGAGAACUGGCAGGUGGACAGGCCACUGCUGUGCGACCUCUUUGUGCCCUUCAUACCCCCUGAGCCCUACCACUUCCACGCAGAGCUCUGCUGCUCCCGCCGCUCUGUGCCCUUGGGUCGCCAGGGCUAUGGCCAGAUCAAGGUGGUCCGGGCCGACGAGGAUCCGCUGGGCUGCAUCUGCGACAAGACCAAGCUCGGGGAAGACAUGCUGUGUCUCCUCCACGGCAAGAACAGCGUGGCUCAGCCGGGCGGCGAGGUGGAAAUGCUCCUGUGUGCAAGAGACGCCCCCUACCUGGACACGCUGCAGGUCAUGAAGUGGUUCCAGAUGGCCCUCACCAGAGCCUGGCACCGCAUCGCCCACAAAUACGAGUUUGACCUGGCGUUCGGUCAGCUGGACUCCCCUGGGUCCCUCAAGAUCAGAUUCCGCUCGGGGAAGUUCAUGCCCUUUAACCUGAUUCCUGUGAUCCAGUGUGACGACUCGGACCUGUACUUUGUCUCCCACCUUCCCAGGGAGCCCUCUGGGGAGGCCCCAGCAUCCAGCACUGACUGGCUCCUGUCCUUUGCCGUCUACGAGCGACACUUCCUCCGGAUGACAUCGAAGGCGCUGCCUGAGGGUGCCUGUCACCUCAGCUGCUUGCAGAUCGCCUCCUUCCUGCUGUCCAAGCAGAGCCGCCUGACCGGCCCCAGCGGGCUGGGCAACUACCACCUCAAGACGGCCCUCCUGCACCUGCUGGUCUCCCGGCGGCCUGCUGACUGGGAGGCCGGGCAGCUCGAUGCUCGCCUGCACGAGCUGCUCCGCUUCCUGGAGAAGAGCUUGCUGGAGAAGAAGCUCCAUCACUUCUUCAUUGGCAACCGCAAGGCACCCCAUACCAUGGGCCUCCCUGAGGCUGUGCGCAGGGCUGAGCCUCUCAAUCUCUUCCGGCCCUUUGUCCUGCAGCGAAGUCUCUACCGGAAGACGGUGGACUCCUUCUAUGAGAUGCUGAAGAAUGCCCCGGUGCUCAUCAGCGAGUAUUCCCUACAUAUCCCCUCAGACCACACCAGCCUGCCCCCAAAAGCUGUUGUCUUGUAGAGCUCCCAGGACCCAGAGGGCCGGGGUGCAGGACACCCCACAUGUCCACACCACUGGGGGCAUCCACAGUCCAGUCCUGGGAAAAUGCUGGGCUUUGCUGGGAGCCGUGGCUCAGCCCACCAGGGAAACCCUACAGCCCCAGAGGAAAGCAUUCCAAGCUGGAAGCUGGUUUGCUUUUGUGCCAGCUGGGGCCUGCUGGUGAGGUUCUGGUCUGGGGUUGGUUGACCCUUUGCUGCUUACUUUUGGAUCACCACAGACGGCUAAGAUGAUGACGAAAUACUGCAUGGACAGUAAGUUAAAGACACCGCAGACAUCGAUUUGGGUACAAUUUUUACCUCCCAGGUCCAGUCUUUACUUGGAUAUCCACAGAGGAUCUACAGGAGUCUGACAGGGCAGUGUGUUAUGACCCUGCACCCUGUUUCCAGUCACUCUUGGCCCCGGGCAUCUGCACCCAAGGCACUAACAGGGGCAGCUGUGGGAAUCUGCAGCCUUCCAUCCUCAGCCUGCAAAACAGGAGUCCACCUGUGGCUGCCAUUUUUUAAGCUAUUUGGAGAAAAGACCAAGUAGCGGUUCGAGGCCCUAAGAGGCCAGUGUCUGUUGCACAGAAAUGGGCACUUGGUGGCAGAGGGAAGUUUCACGUGGCCUCUUUUUCAGCUACAUGUCUCAGGGUGCACCCCCUUGCCCAACCCCUUCCCCCAGUGAGCUGAGCACUGUGGGUGCCACAUACCAUGCAGGGUACAGGCUCCUCGGCCCCUCACCCCUCUCUAUUCUCUCCACAGCUGGUCUGCACGGGGUGGGGGAGGGCGGAUACCAAAGGUGGAAGCUCUGGGAGACACAUGGUGAGUGAGAUAAAGGACAGAACCUAUACCCAGGGUACUGGGGCCUGGCUCGCAGCCUGGCCUCUGAUGCCCAGUCCAGAGCUGAGAAGUGACACAUGCCAUAGCCCUGAGUUUUCCUCCACAGGGUCUGUCCCAGAGCAGGGCGUUCCUGGAGGCCAGGGGAGAAAAGCUAGCUCUGUCUGUUAGCCCCAGGAUCUGCUCUCUCCAGUGGGGCUCCCUCCCUGCACAGAACCCUCCUUUCUGGAUGGGCCUUGCCAGCCAGCUACACAGAUGACCAAGACCCUGAGAGGCUUGGCUGACUGGGGGCAUACAGGGACGGCACUGCUGAGGGCCCCGGUCACUGGGCAGGCGCCAGAGGCUGUGGUGGGAGCUGGCCCGUCUGUGGGCCUCUUUUAGAAGGGUUGGGAAGCCACUCCCUCCUCCACUUGUGGCUUCACUGGCCCUUUGGGAGUUCCUCUAAUGGCAUUGCCUCAGUAACCCUUGCAGCAAGCGAGGAGGAGGCAAGAAUGAGGGUGCCUGCACCAGCAGCAGGGGUCCCCUUCAGGGUUUAAGCUGGCCAUGCCUGCUGAACAGCACACGCAGUUCCCCGGGGCUGUCAGGCUCACCCCGAGCUGCAGAGGAUCCUGUCCCAGCCCCAGAGGGUUCUGGAAGGUGGACAGUGUGCCUGGCAGGGUUUACUCGCAGCAGGCUGGGCUGUGAUGGAACACUGAAACCUGGCGGAAUCCUUCCGUGUGAGCUGGAGUUGGACUGUGCAGACCGGCGGCCGGGGCUGCAGGGAAGGGGCGUGCCGGCAGUGCCCGACAGAGCUCCAGGCCCCCCAUUCAGUUGGGACUUGUUUCCAGAGUCGGGGUGAAUUUCCGUAUUUAUUAUUGCCCAUGCCUUGCCUUCCCCACCUUCAUCCUUGUUGUGCUUGGAGGAGACCCCACAGCCAGGAACCAGCCUCCAGAAGCCGAGACCAAGCCUGGACCUCCCUUGGCUCCCAGGAGAAAGUUCACUGAAAAAUUACCUUCUGGCCUCUUGUUUAUUCAGAGCUGCCGGCUCAGCGGGGAAAUGGGGAUCUUUUAUGCACCGAGGCUGCUUCUGAAGCAGAAAGCAGCAGGGCUCUCAUGUUUCAUGCUGCCUUAUUUAUAUUAAAGGAAGAAUUAAAUUCUUGGAAGAAGUAGAAACUGGU